AUGCCGCUGGGACCCGCCGUUGUCGACGUGUCAGAUGCAACGCCGCACCUCCUUCACGAACACCACAUGCUGCCACUGGUCCCAUCCCCUCCACAUGCAUUUCCUCUGCACUCCCAACCGAGCCCCAAGGCCCCUGACGACACCUUCAGGAAGGAGAUGAGCAAGCCAUGGAUGAAACACAAGGAGCUGGACGAACAUCGCUACCGGAACCACACAGGCGAGCAAGAUAAGAAUUUCUUCAAGGUUAUGAUUGGCGACUUCCAUGAGAGAAUGAUCAUACCAGAUAAGUUUGCCCAACAUUUCAGGGGGCAAAUAGGGCGAACUAUUAAGCUAGCAUCACGCCAUGGCUAUACUUCUGAUGUUCAGAUUACCAAGAAUUUGGCGAAACUAGUCCUUGAUUCUGGAUGCAAGGCGUUUGCUCGUGCCCAUAACUUGAGAACGGGGGACUUUCUUGUGUUCAAGUAUGAUGGCAACUCUGAACUGAAGGUUUUGAUCUUUGGCCCGAGCGGUUGCGAGAAACUUCCGGUGUGCAAUCUCAUGAAAAAUGCUGCUCCUGGUAAAGACUGGUGGGGGAACACUGAUGACAUUGUAAACACUUGUCAUGAUCCUCCCAUGAAAUUUCCACAUUGUGGAAGACAAAUUAGGCCAAGUAUGGAUAGCUCAAGGCAGGGGAAUGACAUCAUCAAUGUCAGCUCGUCGAGCUCUGCUUCAGAUUCAGCAGGAGGUAUUUCAUCUUCAGAAGAUGAUCUUUCCCUGCCAGGUUGUAUCCUCGCAAAUGGCACCCUCUUGAAUCUAAAUCAGGUGCAGAAGAAGCAACUUAAAGAAAAAGUCCGAGCUAUGAAUUCCGAAGUCCCCAUUUAUGGGUGUGUCAUAAGGAAGAGCAGUAUUUACGGAGCAACCCGUAGCCUUGAUAUAUCAAGAAAAUAUGCUGAAGUAUACCUUCCAUUUAAGGAACAAAUGCUGACCCUUCAGCUCCAUGGCAAGAAGUGGGAAGUGCGGUGUCGUGUUAAGAACAACAAAACCAAAAGGCUUAUGAGAGGGUGGAAGCAUUUUGCGCGUGGCAACAGCUUGUGGCUUGGAGAUGUUUGCCUCUUUGAGCUACUGAGAAACAAGAAGAAGUAUGUGAUGAAUCUCCAUAUCAUUCGCAAAUCCCUUUACAAGAGGUGA